GGGCGGGCGAUCGCGCGGGCGCGGCACCUGCGGGCAGGAGCGUCUGGCUGCCGCAGCGCCGGACCGCCCGCCUCCCAACUGCCGCUGAGAUGAGUGCAGUGUCGGAGCCGCAGGCCGCUCACAGCCCCCUGGAGAAGCCGCCAAGCACCUCGAUCCUGUGUAACACCUGCGGGAAUGUGUGCAAGGGGGAGGUGCUGCGGGUGCAGAACAAGUAUUUCCACAUCGAGUGCUUUGUGUGCAAAGCAUGCGGCUGUGACCUGGCCGAGGGUGGCUUCUUCGUGCGGCAGGGAGAAUACAUCUGCACGCGGGACUACCAGCGUCUAUACGGGACCCGCUGCUUCAGCUGCGACCAGUUCAUCGAGGGCGAGGUGGUGUCAGCCCUGGGCAAGACCUACCACCCCGACUGCUUCGUGUGCGCCACGUGCCGGUUGCCCUUUCCGCCGGGGGAUCGAGUGACCUUCAACGGGAAGGAAUGCAUGUGUCAGAAGUGCUCCCUGCCCAAGACAGCAGGCAGCAGUGCGCACCUGUCCCAGGGCCUCUGGAGUUGUGGAGGCUGCGGCACAGAAAUAAAAAAUGGCCAGUCCCUGGUGGCUUUGGAGAAACACUGGCAUUUGGGCUGUUUUAAGUGUGAGACGUGCGGGAAGCAGUUGGAUGCAGAGUACAUUAGCAAGGACGGGCUGCCCUACUGCGAGGCUGACUACCACACCAAGUUUGGCAUCCGCUGUGACGGCUGUGAGAAGUAUAUCACAGGGCAUGUGCUGGAGGCAGGAGAGAAACACUACCACCCGCUGUGUGCGCUAUGCGUCCGGUGCGGCCGGAUGUUUGCGGAAGGCGAGGAGAUGUAUCUUCAAGGCUCCUCCAUCUGGCACCCGGCGUGCCGACAAGCAGCCAGAACUGAAGACAAAAACAAGGAAACCAGAAGCUCUUCUGAGAGCAUCAUCUCUGUACCUGCUUCCAGCACCUCGGGGUCUCCCAGCCGUGUGAUCUAUGCCAAGCUGGGCGAUGAGAUUCUUGACUACAGGGACCUGGCUGCUCUUCCUAAAAGCAAGGCCAUCUAUAACAUCGACCGCCCCGACAUGAUCUCCUACUCGCCAUACAUCAGCCAUUCAGCGACAGGCAGGCAGAGCUGCCAUGAGUCCCCGCAGGUACUCUCGCCAACGCUGACGGAGGGGGAUCAGGAUGACCGCUCUUACAAGCAGUGCCGGACCUCCAGCCCAAGCUCCACCGGGUCCGUCAGCCUCGGGCGCUACACCCCAACCUCACGGUCCCCCCAGCACUACAGCCGUCCAGCUGGUACUGUGAGUGUUGGUACCAGUAGCUGCCUGUCCCUGUCCCAACACCCAAGCCCUACAUCCGUGUUCAGACAUCAUUACAUCCCCUACUUCCGAGGCAGUGAAAGUGGUCGGAGCACCCCCAGCCUCUCGGUGCUCUCAGACAGCAAGCCUCCCCCCUGCACCUACCAGCAGGCGCCUCGCCAUUUCCACGUCCCAGACACUGGCGUAAAAGAUAACAUCUAUAGGAAACCCCCUAUCUACAAACAGCAUGGUCCUGUAGCCCAAUCCCCAAUUUCCAAGCUCUCGGGCCUGAUGUCAGUCUUGUCCUUGGUGGUGCACAAGGCAGGGUGUUCCAAAAGGCUCGAAGGUCCAAGCCCUCCGCAGGCUGCAGCCGCCAGGCGACCGGAUGGCGAGGAUGGAAUCUUUGAUCAGGAUAACAGGAAGAAGACCAGCUGGCUGAUUCUCAAGGGGGAUGCGGACACUACGACUAACUCUUCAGACCUUCACAGCCAGUCUUUGUCCCACAGUAGCGGGACCGAUAGAGACCCUCUCCCGACAACGCAAGGGGACAACUUUUACUCACGACUCCCCUAUUCCAAAUCUGACCCUCCCCCAGGACACGGAAAGAAUGGCUUGGACCAUCGGAAUGCCAAUCUGGCCCCUGGUGGAGCAGACCUGGAUGCCAGCUGGGGCACGCGAGAAUACAAGAUCUAUCCUUAUGAUGCCCUCAUUGUCACCAACCGAAUUCGUGUCAAACUGCCCAAGGACGUGGACCGGACCCGGCUGGAGAGGCACCUGUCGCCCGAGGAUUUCCAGGAAGUGUUUGGGAUGAGCAUGGAAGAGUUUGACCGCCUGGCCCUCUGGAAGAGGAAUGACCUCAAGAAGAAAGCCCUACUCUUUUGACUGCCACCAGCGUGUGUGACCACGUGCACGCCCGGCGGCAGAGCACGGGACACCCGGCGAGAACCACAAAAAUCCCUCCUAUUGCACCUGGCUCUGGCUUCUCUGUGUCCACGGGGGGCGGGCGGUGGGCCCCUGGAGAGGGCUGGGCUGGAGGCUGGGCAGGAGGAGGUCCCGGAGCCGGUGCGACCUCUGUUUCCGCCAGCAGUGCUCCUGCCCCCGGUUCAGAGCCCAGAUGCCUUGCUUUGCACGGCUCCUUCCCCACUGUUGCUUGGCGUUAGGGAGACGCUGCAAAGUAGUGGUCCCAGGAGAUCAAGGGACAUCUACACGGCGUGUAGCCCGCCUUCCCAAACCCCUGAGCAGUGCCCCAGCCCCCCGCACGAGGCCCUGGGGGCACAGAGGUCCCUGGGCUUGGGAUUUCAGGAGGUUGGUCGAUGACAGUCGCUGACACAAUCACAGACAUAUGGGCAUCUGGCUCCCAGGGUCUGCUCGCCCCCCACCCAUUUGCUCAGCCCCCCACCCCGGGGGGAGGCACAGCCUUGCGCACAGACAGGCCAUGCCAGGGAGGGGGCCGCAGAGCGCCCAGGGCUGCAUGAAGUCAAGCGUGGGGUGCACGAUUUUUGCAACCGCUUGUGAAGCGUCUGUUUUUAGGGACAAACGUCAGCCUGACAGGGUACCUUAGGCCAGGGCCCUCCAUGCACUGCAUUUUUCUUCCGAAUCAUCCCCUAGAUGCCUAAAUGAUAUCUUUAAAGUAACACAGAAGUUUUUAUUUUAUUAAAGAGCAUAGCCUACUUAAACAUAAGAUGACAUAUAUAGAGUUCCCUUGUACGGGCCCGCGGAAGGGGAGCGCCUCCAGCCUUAUUCUCCACUGUCCGGAUCUGUGUGUUUUUGCUUUUUGGUGGGCUCCUAACCCCCAGGGCUCCUUGCCAGUUUUCUUUCCAUGGUCAUUGUUGUUGUUAUUGUUGCUUUCUUUUUCACCUGUCCCACAGGUGCCCUGAAGGGCCGUCCUCGCCCGUGUGAUACUGUCUGUACGUGUAGCCGCCACUGUCCGCCUCGCUGUUACUCUCCCCGUCUUGGAGAGAAAACGCCCUCUUCUGAUGGCCAAAGCCCCAGAAUAAAGGAUUUCCAUGCACCCAGCCUAA